AUGCUGAGCCCAGAGCACCGCUGGGGGUUAGCUGUCGGCAUUCCUGGGACCCAGAGAGGGUCAGACCCGAGAGGGGAGGGUCUCCCAGGAACCAUCCAGGGGCCGCGCACCGAACACGCACGCACUCGGGCUCCCGGAAAGGAACGGGUGCGGGGCUGGGCCAGGGCCGGCCCGGGGGAGCGAGUGGGGCGGGGCCGCCGCGCCCGCCGCCUUCUCCUCCUCCUGCCGCCUGGGCUCAGAGCGGCGGCAGCAGCGGCCGCGGCGACAGCUCCGGCUCCGGCUCCGGCUCCAGCUCCCGCGGCGCUCCGGCUCCCGUGCUCCCGGGCUCCGUGCCCCGACCCCUCCGCUGCGCCUGCCGGGGGCCCCGCGCGCCCCCUCGCCCGCCUCACCCUGAAGUUCCUGGCCGUGCUGCUGGCCGCGGGCAUGCUGGCGUUCCUCGGUGCCGUCAUCUGCAUCAUCGCCAGCGUGCCCCUGGCGGCCAGCCCGGCGCGGGCGCUGCCCGGCGGCGGCGACAAUGCCUCGGCCUCUUCGGCCGCCGCGUCCCCGGGCCCGCAGCGCAGCUUGAGCGCGUUGCACGGGGCGGGAGGCUCUGUCGGGCCCUCGGCGCUGCCGGGGGCGCCGGCAGCCAGUGCUUACCCGCUGCCGCCCGGGCCGCUGUUCAGCCGCUUCCUCUGCACGCCGCUGGCCGCCGCCUGCCCGUCGGGGGCCGAGCAGGGGGACGCGGCGGGCGAGCGCGCGGAGCUCCUGCUGCUGCAAAGCACCGCCGAGCAGCUGCGCCAGACGGCGCUGCAGCAGGAGGCUCGGAUCCGCGCGGACCAGGACACCAUCCGCGAGCUCACUGGCAAGCUGGGCCGCUGUGAGAGCGGCCUGCCGCGCGGCCUCCAGGACAACGGGCCCCGGCGCGACACCAUGGCCGACGGUGCCUGGGACUCGCCGGCGCUCAUCCUGGAGCUGGAGGACGCGGUGCGCGCCCUCCGGGACCGCAUCGAGCGCAUCGAGCAAGAGCUCCCAGUCCGAGGGAACCUCUCCUCCGCGCCAGCCCCAGCUAUGCCCACUGCCCUGCACACCAAGAUGGAUGAGUUAGAAGACCAGCUGCUGGCUAAGGUGCUGGCGCUGGAGAAGGAGCGCACAGCCCUCAGUCAUGGCAGCCACCGGCAGCGACAGGAAGUGGAAAAGGAGCUGGACGCCCUGCAGGGCCGCGUGGCUGAGCUGGAGCAUGGGUCCUCUGCCUACAGUCCCCCAGAUGCCUUCAGAGUGAGCAUCCCAAUCCGCAACAACUACAUGUAUGCCCGUGUGCGCAAGGCGCUGCCAGAGCUCUACGCCUUCACCGCCUGCAUGUGGCUGCACUCCAGGUCAGGUGGCUCUGGACAGGGUACUCCCUUCUCUUACUCGGUGCCUGGACAGGCCAAUGAGAUCGUGCUGCUGGAGGCUGGCCCUGAGCCCAUGGAGCUGCUGAUCAACGACAAGGUAGCCCAGCUGCCCUUGAGUUUGAAGGACAACAACUGGCACCACAUCUGUAUUGCCUGGACCACACGGGAUGGGCUGUGGUCUGCAUACCAGGAUGGAGAGCUGCGGGGCUCUGGAGAGAACCUGGCAGCCUGGCACCCCAUCAAGCCACAUGGAAUCCUUAUCCUGGGCCAGGAGCAGGAUACCCUGGGGGGCCGAUUUGAUGCCACCCAGGCCUUCGUAGGUGACAUUGCCCAGUUUAACCUGUGGGACCAUGUCCUGACACCUGCCCAGGUCCUGGGCAUGGCCAACUGCACCGGGCCGAUGCUGGGCAACGUUCUCCCCUGGGAAGACAAGCUGGUGGAGGCCUUUGGAGGUGCAAAGAAGGCCACCUUCGAUGUCUGCAAGGGGAGGGCCAAGGCAUGAAGGGUCACCUCAUCCAGGGCCCCUCCCUUGCCUGCCAUUUUGGGAACCUUGAGGGGACACUUCCCUCCUCAGCCUGUCCACAUGCUGGCCUUCCCUCCUGUCCCAUUCCUGGCUGUACCUCCCACUUCCCCUCAUCUGUACCCAUACUUCUAGGAUGCCUUGUGAUGGGUAUCCCCUCAGUCACCUGAAUGGGACCAGUAUCUUAAGUCAGCCAGUCCAGCCUGGGAGAAUGGAGGCUUUGCCCACCUCCUGGCAGUGCACUGGAGUGGUCUCUCCUCCUCUCACAUCCUGUCUUCCUUGUCACAUCUAAUCCCACUAAUCCCAACAGCAUCCCUUAAGGGGUUAUGGGUGGAGUGACCUUUGAACCCCCAUCCCCUAUACUUCAGGCCCACAAGAGACUAUAGAAAGGAUGUGAGGGACAUAUGCUCUCAGACACCCCUCCUCCAUCUUCCUCAGCUGCCUACAGGGACUGUGAGAUCAUGGCAAUCCUGUCCUCCCCUUCCCUCUCCUUCCUCUCACCUGUUUCUUUGUGUGCCAUGGUUUGAAUGUUGGUCCAUGCCCAGUCAAGUCCCACCUCAGUUUCCAAAAGGUUCCUUUCCCAGAUACCAUCUGAAUGGCUAGGGACCAAGACCCCAGAGGCCAAAGGGCUGUAAUCACCCCCUGUGCCCACUGGCAACUCUGCCCACCGACAUGGUUGCCUCUCCCCCACUUCGUGCCCAUGACAGGACCUGGGUCACUCUAGCCUGGGCUGAGAGCAUCCAAAGCAGAGGCACUGUGACCCAGGAGACACAGCUCCUGGUAGGGAUGCCUUACUGACUCCUGCAUGGUUCUGAGGAGAACAGAAGAUGCUGAGAGGGAGGGCAAAGCGCUGGGUGUGAAAGGGGAGCCCUUGGUUCCUAGGCAGUCCUGCUGCUGAUUUGCUGUGUGACCUUCUGUAAGUACCUGCUCUCUCUGGGCCUGCAUUCGCCUUUGUGAGUGGAGGCCCUUCUGUUGGUUACUUCUGAGAGCACUGCAUUUGGAACGUGAGAUGAGCCAUGAUAACUGUUAGAUAGACCAGGUUAGACCUGAAGGUCCAGUGGCUUAGCAUGGAAGGUUCUGGAACUGGACAGUAGAUGGAUCAUGCUAGACAGCGGUUAGAGUCACAGUUGACACAAGGGUCGGGGCAGACUCACACAUAUUAUAGGCAUUAGCUCCCACCAAAUCCCUCAGCCUGGCACCAUUGCUUAUCUGAGAGCAUCACAGCUCUGGCUUCCUGGUCCCCACGUUUGAGUCCUCACCUGUUCCCACAAGAGCACUAAGAAUGACAGAGCUGAGAAAAGCCACCCAGCCAUCCAUUCCAAGCUCCUGCUUAUGAGAGAUGGGGAAGAGCUCAGAGAGGACAAGUAACUUGUCCAGGAUCACAUAGCACAACAUGGUAGGGCCAGGAGUAUAGCGCAGAGUUUUAGGCCCCUCAGCAUCUUUCUCUGUGUACAUUACUGCCUGUCCUUAGGGUUUUUUUGAGCCAGCCUAUACCUGCCCAGGGGAACAUUUGCAAGGGUGUGAUCCUUUCCAACAAGACACAGGAACAUCUUGGGAGCCCCAGGUGGUGAAGGGAAGGGCCCUAGCAGAUGGACAGCUGAGGAUACAGGUGUCCCAAAAGUGUCUGAGCAGUGCAGGCUACCUGACUCAGUGGGCACCAGUGCCUCCUGCCCCUCCCCUCUGUCCCCGUCUGUGUUCACCACUGCCACUCGAUCUGAGACAUGACACGGGAGUGGAAGGCUGUGGCCUGUGCCUGGGACAUGUGUCCAAGACUUGCCUCUGGCCCCUGGAUUUGUAUCUCCAUUUCGAGAGCAAAUACACAGCUCAGUCCCUGUCCCCUGAAGAUAGUCGCAAAGGCUUCAGCCCAACCUGCCGAGAUCCAGGUUGCCCAGUAACAGCCAAUGACAUCAGGCCCAGUACUGGGUCAAGUGUCUGUCAUGAGGACAAGCUGUUGCUGGGUGACAGCUGCAUACAGAACUUAGACUUUGGGGACACUGAACCUCAUCAAGAUCUUGCUGUUGUGUUGGAAGAGGUAGCUUUGGGGGAGGCCUUGGGAGGACAGGGUUUUGGGAAAGAGGUGACAGAAGCUGCCUGGCUAUCUAAGCCCACUAGACAUACCAUCCCAAUCCUUUAUGCUUUGUCACAGUAGUGAUGAGACUUCUGACGUCUGAGCCUUGUUCCUAUGCUGAGUCACCUUGAUUAAACCCGAGCCCCCCAUCCCAGGAACACACUGGAGACACUUGGGUAUGACUGGGUGUAGGUCACUGGAGAAGGUCCAGGCUUCCCAUUUCUAAAGUCCCCACCUGCCCUCAUCUAUUGUGCAGUGAACUUUUGCCAAGUUCUGCUACCUUCUGCUGCUCCCAAGCAUGUCCAGAGUCACUCAGCUGCGACUCUGAGCUGCCCUUGGCUCUGAUGAAGCUGGAGCCCAUGCUUGUUAGGUACCUCAGACACUGGAACUACAUAGAGCACAGUGAAAGCAACAUCUUGUUUUCUUCAUGGCACAGUUAUGAGGUAGGACUGUUCUUAGCCCUUUUGAUGCAGAAGAAAAGGCUGGGGUUCAGAGAGGUGAAGCAAUUUGCCUACGUCAACCACCCAGCCAGGGAUGGAGCAUGACUUGUAUUUAGGAUCAGGCUCCAUGUGUAAUCCACCCCUCACCUUGAAAGACUAGAGGCCCUGACCCUGAUCCUGGUGUGUUUCUGCCCAAAGAACUGUGCCCACCCCAUUCAAAGUGGAGGAGGAACAGAGAUGUGGGAUGGAGGCCUCAGGGUCAGUGAGGAGGGAGUCUCUCACCUGUGCCCUAGCCUCGCACUCUGUAACUGGGCUACAGUUUCCAGAGCAGGUAGAAAUGAGUGUCCCAGGAGUCUCUGCAGGAAGGCAGAGCAGAAGUGGCUCUUCCUCAGUCCCCUGCUCUGGGCAAACCCUGUGUCAGGUGCUUCAGCUGUUCUCUGCCAGAUAUCCUACUUUUGUGGCAUUGGUGGCUUCUCCCUCCUCCCUAAAGAUCACCUCAUCAUAGUGACACAUGACUGGGGACCACAGACUCAGGCAAGAGGAGCAAUUGCUCAACCCUUGGCUUUGCAGAUGGAGAAACUGAGGCCCAGUUGGGGAGAUCAAAUGACCCUUGAGGGCCCCCUAACUGUACUUCAUCUUCCAGACACAGUGGUCCCUCCUCCCCACAACUGGGUCCCUCCUACACAUCCUAGCACCCUUAGCCUGAGCAAACUGGAGAAGGGACUUCCCCAGAUCUGGGAUUUCUCACAUUUUACUCCAGCUGCCGGCCACCUCAGAUGCCACCUCCCACCCUGCCCCCUGCCUCUACUGGGUGGGGAAGGGGCUCCUGUGACCCAGGCUGAGCAGCAAGCAUGUACAGUCAUCGGACACUAGUGCCCUCCACUGCCCUCCCCUCCCAGCCUCCCCUCCCCCUUCUGCUCUAUUUUGUACAUAAAGUGACCUGAGAUGCUACGUAUGUGUCUGUGUGAGUGUGUGCGUGAUCUGUGUCAUGGAUUUUGUUAUCAUUUUUGUUUUUGUACAUUUGAAUGUUCAAAAUAAACAUGUGGUUUACUUGGA